AUGCGUUUCUUCGCCGUCCUCUCUGCCCUUGCGGCUCUGGCUUCUGCCUACACCCAGCCCGACUACACCCAGGACCCCACUGGCAAUGCCAUCUAUACCCCCGGUCUGAACGACCAGGUGGAGGCUGGCAAGCCCUACGCUGUCACCUGGGAUCCCACCACCACUGGCAAGAUCUCUCUGGUUCUCCUUCGUGGCCCCAGCACCGACAUGCAGACCAUGUACGCUAUCGCCGAUUCCAUUGAGAACACCGGUACCUUCACAUGGACUCCCAGCACUUCCCUUGAGCCCGAUGUCACCCACUACGGUCUCCUCCUCGUGGUCGAGGGUACCGGCCAGUACCAGUACUCCACCCAGUUUGGUAUCACCAACCCCGCCUACUCGUCCUCCGCUGUUGCUUCUUCCACCCCCACCGCCGCCGCUACCACCUCCGCUGUCACUCAGGCUGCUACUACCACUGCUGCCGCUGCCACCACUGAGGUUGCCGUCAGCUCCGCCACCUCCACCGCUGUUGAGACUGUUGAUGCCACCAAGCCCGCUGUCAACUCCGUUCCCGUUAUCAAGCCCACCGGCUUUGUGACCUCCAAGCCCUCCGGUGUCAUUGCCAGCUCCGCUGCUCCCUCCGGAACCCCCGCUGCCAGCUCCUCCUCCGUCGCCCCCAUCUUCACUGGUGCUGCUGACCGCAAGGCCAUGAACCUGGGUAUGGGCGCCCUGGCUGCCGGUGUUGUCGCCGUCCUUGCCAUCUAA